CCACAACCCAUUCUUUCUUCUCUCUCUAGAAUUUAUCUCUCUAAACCCUCCCCUCCCAAAAGCCUAGGAAAUAGUGGUUUGUUGGUUGCGGCUAAGUCCGAUCUGCCAUCAGAAACAUUUCUUUGGUUUUUUACUCAAAACCCGCCAAGCCGAAUCUCUGUCCGAAUUUUGAUUUUUUCCUCAAGACCCGCCGAGCCGAAUCUCUGUCCGAAUUUCCCGAAAAAAUGAGCGAGUGGUGGCAAGGAGAGGGAGUUUAUGUUGAUGAAUUUCUAGCGGUACGUACUCAUUGUUCUGGUUUAAUUUUUGUUGUUGUUAUAAACUUUUUAAUUAAUCUAUGUACUAACCUCGUUGUUAUUUUCACGUAGGUUGGGGACGACGUGGAUAUAUACAACCAACGGUAUUAUCUCGAGCAAGGACCGUUGGAUCCAACCGACUUGUACGACCAACCCAACCAUUGGUCAAGGGAUGUUUGGAACGAUCACCCGAUACAUACAAUUCUUCAUCAUUUGUCUUUCUUUUAUUUUGCUAAUGUAUUUAGUGGAAUAUAAAAUAAAUUUAUGUUGAAUUUUUAAUUGUGUUGGUUUUUCUCAAUAAUUUAAUCGAAUACAUAGUGCCACUUACUUUGACUCUUUAUAAAGAGAUGCACGUCUAAGGAAAUGGGAUUUUAAGCGAUUAUCAUAUCCUCCCAACCAUCAUACGAUUCCCGACCGGUCUACCCCCAUCUCCUCGCCAACAAUACUACGACUCUCGCCCGGUCUACCCCCAAGAUCCCCCUACAUCAUGAGGUACUUGGCAUGAUGGUUCAUCCACGAUGGCGCCCCACGAAAUCACCCCAUGGACUCGCCCUCAUCAGUCGUGGCCUCCUACUCCUCACCGUAUGAGCGCAGAUGUCCCCCGCUCGACCCCGGAAGCGCCGCCUCUCCGCCGACACAGCAUCGACGAGCGCCACACUACCUCGGCCAUUCGAAACUUGCCACCAGAACCACCUAUUGUUACUCCCGUCGGCCGUCGUACAAGGAGCAAGAAAACAUUCAGUUCCGAUGAAGCACGUGGACUUCCUUGAGAUGUGAGUUGAAUUUUAAUUAUAUGUACUUGGAACUAUUCCUCUUAUCUUAGUUUAUUUAAUUGAGUGUUGUUUUAUUUUAUUUUUAUUUCUAUGUAAUUGGCUUUGUCCAUUUUUUUCAUGUUAACUUGAUAUUAUCCAAAUUCGAUCAAUCAACAAUUGACAAUUACUUGCCAAAGAAGUCAUCUCAACAAUUCACAAUUCACAAUUACUUGCCAAAGAAAUCAUCAAUCAACAAUUCGCAUUAGCUGAGUCCGCCACAUCAGGACCCGGUGUUUGCGGACCAAUCGGUCCUGGACACCUUUUUUAUCAUGUCCUGGAACUUUGCAUAUUGAACAUCGUCUUGGGCCUCGUGGUGGUCUUCCACUUUGAUCCAUUUCGUUCUGAAUUCUCUUUUUCCUCGGGCGACCCGGUUCACGUCUCUGUCCGAACGGCGGGAUGAUCAAUUUUCCUUCGUACAGCGGCCAAUAAGCUUCAUCAGGCAAUGCACGGAAACUCCGCCCAUAGGUGUUUUUGAGUGAGUCGAUAUUGAAGAAUGGACUAACGAAUUGACGGGGGUCUUUGCUCCUGUUUUUAAUUACGGCCAUUGCAUGAGAACAAGGCCACCCUUUCCCCUGAUACUUCUGGCAUGAGCACUCACCAACUUUUGUCCUGAAAUUGACCAAAACUUCAUGGCGGUGGCCCCCCGUCUACUAUCCUCCCGAUUUCCGGUCGUCACGCUAUACUCGCCAUUUGCCCGAUUCAUAACGGUUACACUAUGUUGACUGCUCUUGCAAUUGUCAUUCUCCAUUACUUCGGUGACUUUAAAGGCAUGGACCUUUCCCUGUGCCUCGUUCGUCCUUGCCCAGUGGAGUCUUUUAUAGGCAAAAUCACUGAUGAAGAGAAGAGGUUUUCCGUGCAGUCUUUUAUAGGCAAAAUCAUGAUGAAAACCGCACCUUAGAGAUGUGGUUUUCAUCUGCUAUGCAGGCCCACGUCUGUUAUUCUGCAUGGCUAUAUGUCGGGUGUCGGAAAAUAAUUGACACACAAACCGCACCUUGGGGAUGCGGUUUUGUUUUGGAGAAGCAAACCGCAUCUCCAAGGUGCGGUUUUGCUAGGUCAGGCUAAAACCGCACCUCGGCCGUGCGAUUUAUGUAGGCCGGACCUAAAACCGCAUGGCCAAGAUACGGUUUUGGCCCAGGAUAAUAAACCGCACCUUAGAGGUGCGGUCCAUAAAAAAGGGUGAUAUUUUUGUAAAUAUUUUCAGAUGGGUGCUAUUUUUGUAUUUUUUUUAAAGGUGCUAUUUCUGAAAAAAUCUCGUACUUGGGAGAUAACAUUUUUGUUAACGGAAGUAUAUGUCCAAGUUACGACUUUGGGCAUCGAUUUUUUUUUAUUAUUAUCUUACACCGAAUAUUAAGCAUGGCUUGAUUAAUUCAAUCUUGAAGUAUGUAGCACUAGGUAAUGUCAUAUACCGACCAUUUAUGAGUAUAUCCUGCUAGUAAAGUUAUUGAUUUUGUUUGGAGACGAUCUUCAAGACCAAUUUCAUUGAUCUUAAAUAUAAACUGCCACUUGUAAGAGAUACCCAUCAAAUUAAUUAAUUAAAUACAUUGACUUGUUAAUUAAUUUGGCAUCGUAGCUAAAUCAACUGUCAUGAUGAUACAUACACUGAAAAUGAGAUAUUGUCCAUAAAAAAAUGCCCAUAUCUAAAUCAUUAGUCAUCAUAGUUGACUCCUACAUCCUAACACUUUAAAUAUUGGCAAAAAAAGAAAAAAAGGUGGAUGAUUUUGUUUUGGUCACUAGGAGAAUGAAUUCUUGACCUAGAAUUGGUAGGAGUCAAGAAUUGGUAGCUAGUUAUAACCGGCACCUCAUUAUUAUAGUGAUGGAGAUACCAAUAAUAUAAUUAAAGUGAUCAU